AUGUCCCAUUCUCCUCAUCAUCGUCGAAGUACUCCUUCUCACGGUAUUCUGCGCGGGUCCUCCACCCCAGGACACGUACCUCUUCCGCCUGGGACGAGUGGUGCGGGCUCGGGUGCAACUCUGAGCCCCAAUUGGAGUCGAGCACACACGCCACGCAAUCCAUAUCCAACGCCUCCUCGCUCUCCAGCACGAUCGUUGCAUGGCUCUCCUCGAGGCUCUCCCGGCUCGCCCGCUACAAACUUGCCGGGAGACGGUGGUGCUCAGAUGUAUUAUCAAUGUGUUCAAACCCCAGUAUAUCAGCCAGCCGGCGUCUUGGGUACUCCUGUCGUAGGAUAUAUGCCUAUGACAACACCGAUGCAAAUGUCCGUAUCCGUGCCUACGAUACCCUCGUUACCAGGAAUGGUCGGCACACCCAUGAUCACUACGUCCAUGAUCAACACUCCCGUCAUCGGCACACCUGUUGUCAGCGCAUCCUACGUUACUGCCGUUCCUGCAAUGGUCGGGGCACCUUCGUCGCGUCCCGUGAUUACUCCUUCGCCCUCGGGAUGGGUACCACAUCCAUUCCCCCAUCCCACUACUCCUUGUAAUGCAUUCUGGGCUACCAAUAUCCUCACGGACCCCGACUCUCGGACAUAUCCGACAUUUAACGACGCCGCGGUUUCUGGCUUGUCUGGCGGAUGGCCGUUACCUGGCCGAGCACCAUCGAAUUGGUCCGCUGUAUGGCCUCCAACAGCUGGAACCAUGACUUGGUCCCCCUCGUCGAUCAUUAUGUGCCCAUGGCUCAUUCCAAACCCCGACAACGCCGACAAUCUGCAGCUCAAAUGGGACAUCACCCAGAACCCAAGCACCUCUAAGCGCGUGUCCGCCCGCGGCACCGUCAGCGAUUUCAGUUCCAAGUUCAACGAGCCGGCGACUUACCCGCUCACGGAGACCGUGCACAUUCACUGCGAGAUUGGCAUCGCAGCCCCGUUAUGGGGGCCAAUCAUAAUUGAGAAAGGUCAGACAAUAACCGUCGGUGACAUCCUCGAAGGGAUCUACGACUAUUUCCAGACGCUUCUUACCGAGGAAGAAGUUCAGUACAUCUCGAGCCUUGAUCCAAACAACUACGAGGCGAUGAGCGCCGCGUGCUACCAGCGGUCAAUGCGUUCUUACUCUCUUCCGGGUUACGAAUUGAGCCAAGGUCUCAAGCGGGCGGAUUGCUUCGGAGGCGGUACCACAUUCUGGGGCUUAUGGAUUGCUUAUAAUUGCGACAACACGUGGCAAAUGAACCUCGGUCUUGUACCAAACUCCACGGGCUCGUAG